CGAAAUGAGAUUUUCCGCGGUUCGUUGAUUUUUAUUGGCUUGGGGAGAACACAUUGUGUUCGAAACAUUCGGAGGGUGCGGGUGUGCGGCUUGGUAUAGUGAAAUUGUAGUGAAACUUUACACAAAAUUAUCAUUGGCUAUUCUUGUCCCCCAAGGAAUGUUGUAGAGAAGAAAGCAAACGUUAAAUAAAAAUCAAAAAUUCACAUAAAUCGUGAACUUGUCUCAAGUGGAUUUUGGUUUCGCAAAGCACUUUUAUUGAGUUCGCAAGUAAAAGAUAAACUUUUCAAUUUCCGCGCAAAUCUUGUAUUCAUUCUUCGACUAGGACAAAGGCAAAGCAAAAAAAAAAAAAUCAAUAGAAGAAAACAAUCAGUAUGGAUGAUGUUAUAGAGCUAAUGGAAAAUGCAGAUCCCUUUAGGACAUGGUGGCCUCCAAUAGCGGCUGUUAUCAUAGGAAUCAUCAUAACAGUGAGGUCCUUAAUGAGCGGUCAACGUUGUCCCAACGACAAUCACAUACGAGAUCAAAUUGUAAUUGUCACGGGCGCCAAUACAGGAAUAGGUUAUGAGAUUGCCAAAGCUUUGGCCGGACGAGGCGGACGUGUGAUAUUGGCUUGCCGCAACAUGGAGGCUGCCGAAAAAGCAGCAGCAGUUAUAAAACGUGAGCUCUGCUGUCAGCUAUUGAACGACAAGUCCAAAUCCAAACAAAAAUCAACGACUACCAACAAUUCGGAGAGUGCAAAUGCAUCAGACAACACCACUACCACUACAACUACCACUACCAACACCACCACAAGCAAUGAUACAGGCCCUGCGCCUAACCAAAGGUUCUGUGUGGAGGCACGCUAUUUGGAUUUGCGUUCCUUUGACAAUGUGCGACGCUUUGCUCGCAACAUAAUGGCUGAAUUCGAGCGCAUCGAUAUACUCAUCAACAAUGCGGGUGUCAUAUUUGAACCGUCAAAGGAGAAUACCACAGAUGGCUUCGAACAACAUCUGCAAGUCAAUUAUUUGGCCCCCUUUCUGUUGUCGCAUCUCUUGCUGCCGCAUUUGAAGAAAUCCGAAAAUGGAUGCAUCAUCAAUGUAUCGGCUCACUCGCAUGCCUCGGCCAAAAUGGAUUUCGAUGAUCCCUUGAAUAUGGGCAUGUGGGCGAGUAAAUUUCAUCCCCGUGAUGCUUUUGCCCACUCCAAAUUGGCAGUGAUUUUGGCAACACGUUGGAUGGCCAAGGAAUUGAAAGACACUUCCAUCACGGUGAAUUGCUGUACACCCGGCCUGGUUCGUGGCACCUCACACCUUCGCAGUUCACCAUUAAUGUCGGCCAUUUGCGUUCGCGUCAUGACCUAUCCCUGGAUGUGGCUCUUUAUGAAGAAUCCUUCGCAGGGGGCACAAUGUGCCAUACGUUUGGCCACGGACCCCAAAUUGAAACAAGUAACCGGAGAAUUUUUCAAUGACUGCGAAGUAGCCGCUUCUUCGCCCUUGGGACAGGAUAAAGAAUUGGCCAAGAAACUAUAUCAGCAGACAAUGCAGACUCUGAGAAAAGUCACCAAAUUGCAAAUUGAUAAGGAGGAACUGGAGGCCGCCGAUGUCGUCAAUGCCGCAUUACCCACAUCUGCAGAGAAGACAAAAGCCCCACCAUCUCCAACCAUCUCGGAUGCCUCCUCGGAGACCGCUUCAAGUGAUGAACAAUGACAACACGGCGAAUGAGACCGAGACCAAGACACACCAUCGCCAUGAUGGCUUGAAAGACAACAACAACAACAACUACAACAAUGGCGUAGAAUUUAAUUAAGGCAAUCAUCUUUAUGGAUUUUUAUUUACAUUGCUUUCGUAAUCCUUUUCGUAUAAAUAAAUAAUUCAAUAAAAUGUUC